AUGUAUUGCCUAGUGUAUGCACAAUCUGGUGUCUCCACAGCUAUGUUGAUCUUCUACACCUGCAUGUGGCUUCCCCUUAUGCAGCUGAGGAUAGCCGUCUCAAGAGUCCUCGCCUUCGUCUUUUGCAAGUAUCAACCGCAGGAGAGGUCCUGCAGUUUCCAGCUCCCAGUGGGUAGGUUUCAAGAUUUGCAGAAAUCUGGUGGAGAAGAGGAGAAAGAAGAUGGUGACCAUGAAAAGACUUGCUCCAUCUGCUUGGUGGAUUACGAGGGAGAGCACUUGGUGAGCAAGCUCCAUAGAUGCGGCCAUGUUUUCCACAUGGACUGCAUUGAGAGGUGGCUGGAGAGGUCGCAGUUUACCUGCCCUCUCUGCAGGAAGCUUGUGUUUGAUGUGAGAUCUUCAGCAGCAAAACAAAAAUGGUGA